CCGGGGGGACCUACACGCCGUGGUGUGGGGACCGUGGGCUCCCCGCCGCCCCCGCGCCGGGCGGCAGCGCUUGUCCGGGGACAUUACGCUUCCCCGUCCACUCCCCUCGGCUCCGGGCUGCCUGCCCUCCACGCAGGAGACGAGGGAUUUCACAACCCAGCCCAGACAGGAUUAAAGAGAAAUACACAAGUAAACAAAUAGCGGCCUCGUAAAACUGGACGUGCUGUGCGGGGAGCGGAGCCUCCGGGUGAGUCAAACUGCCCCUGUCAGAGGAAAGGAGUUGCUUCCUGUUAUUCCCAUUGAAAUACUUGUCCGGUCCUUAGCCGGCAGGAUUCCGCAGGAUGGCACCGUGCGCGCAGGCGGGCUCCGGCCGCCUCUCCCGAGGGCUGCUGCUGCUCUGGGCACUCCUGGGGACUGGGCUCUGCCACACAGGUGCCAACGUGGAGGGCUUCAGCCAGGAUGCCAGGACGAGUCCUCCUGUGGCUGUAUUCAACUGGACAGUGACUGCCCAGCUCGUGGAGGAGAUGUACACCAACAUGACACACAAGUGCUGGGAGUACUUUGUUGACAUGAUGAGGAACGUGACAGCGGCGGAGCUGUGCGAAUGGAAGGUCAUCAGCAGGCCCUACAGCUUUCUGCAGCACUGCCUCGAGGGCUGGGCCGACCACCUGCAGUAUGGCUACCCCAAUGCGCUGGCUGAGCAGUACAUCUUCCAGAGCCACCAUCGCUACUUCCACAACUGCAGCCUGCAGCACCAGGUCUACUUCGACCCGCCCGAGGACGUGCUGCUGGCCAUGAUCAUCGCCCCCAUCUGCCUCAUCCCCUUCCUGGUCACCCUGGUCAUCUGGCGCAGCAAGGACGGCAAGGCGCAGCCGUAACGCUGCUGCCCGGGCACCCGCGGCUGCUGCCGGCACAGCGGGUCCUGCGCCCGGGCGCUGCCCCACGGGCCCCGAGCCCCGGGACCACCGGACACCCUGGGGGGCUCUCGGCAUCAGCUCCCGGGUUCUGCUGUGGCUUUGGCAACUCAGUCCUCCCCAGCUGGGGAUUAAACGCUUCCAAACCCCGCUUGGCGCUGGUUCUUCUGCCCUCGCU